CAAGUAGGAGGGCUCUAUGGCAGGGGAAAAAAAGACAACACGAGAAAAAUUAGUAUUUUCUACCUUCAGAAAUUAAUGGCCAUGAGUUCGUAUAUGGUGAACUCUAAGUAUGUGGAUCCCAAAUUUCCUCCUUGCGAGGAAUAUUUGCAGAAUAGCUACCUAGGCGAGCAGGGGGCCGAGUACUACAGUGCCUCGCAGGGCUCUGAUUUCCAGCACCAGGGGCUCUACCCACGGUCAAACUACAGCGAGCAGCCCUUUAGCUGUAGCAAUGCCCAAGGCUCUGCCGUGCAGCCGCGGGGUCAUGGACAGGAGCAAUCCGGCCCAGCGAGCCACUUCCCCGGCCAAGCAGAGCAUUGUCCACCGCCUCCAAUGCCCAACUCGCGAGCCUGCAGCCAGCAGCCGGCCCUCAAAGCCCCAAACGGGUCAGCACUUAAGCAGCCAGCAGUAGUUUACCCCUGGAUGAAGAAAGUCCAUGUUAACUCGGUGAAUCCCAAUUACAACGGAGGGGAACCUAAACGCUCCCGUACAGCUUACACCAGACAGCAAGUCCUAGAACUGGAAAAAGAAUUUCAUUUUAACAGGUACCUGACCAGGCGCCGCCGUAUCGAGAUAGCCCACACUUUGUGUCUCUCUGAGCGCCAGAUCAAGAUCUGGUUUCAGAAUAGAAGAAUGAAGUGGAAAAAAGACCACAAACUGCCCAACACGAAGGGCAGGUCUUCUUCCUCUGGUUCAAACCCCCAUUUACAGACUGGUUCCAAGGACCAUCAGACUGACUUGACAACUUUGUAG